CGAGAGCGGCAGGGGCCUAUCGGUGAUGCGGUCUCCCCACCGAGCACGUAGGACCGCGUGUGCACCCACGCAGGGCGGCUCGUGGCCGCUCGUCGCUCGAGGCUCCAAGCAGUCAGUCAGUCAGUCAGUCACUCAGUAGGCCCGCGGCGCGCCACGAGGUGGGACCUGCGAACGUACGGCAUUGUACAUGUGAAAACACGUUUUCUUCGGCCGCGAUAUAUAUCGCGAGCGCGCUCCUACACCUGUCAGUUUCAUUGGCCGAAUCAACGUUCAAUUAUUUAUAAUCAUUCUCUUUCUCUCGUUUCUUUUAACGAGAAAUAAGAGAAAGAAAGGUGCAUUUAAAGUUAACACAAUAAGGAAAGGAAGGUUUGUCAGAAUAGGGACCGUGGCGCGUAAUCGAAUUCCUCGAUUCGUCGAGGACGAGCGUGCGAGAGCUCGCGUAUUUUGCGCGAGCGAUCGCGCACCCGAUCGCGAAAGGACGUCGUCAUCAUUGACGAACAUCGAUAACGACAAAACCGGCAUCAGAAAAUUACGUUACGAUUUGUCGAAGGUGUUAUUAUUUUGGCUACCACGAGUUAGAAGUUUGAGAAAUCAUCGUCGUAACGCGAUCUCGUUGGAUAAAAACGCGUGACCUUCGCGAUAUCAAAAAGUGCCGCUGAUUGCUCCUGACGUUAGUGCUACUCUUAUAUCGGGAGGUGCUAACGAAGGUGCAGCCACCGCUCGAGAAUUCGUAACUCGUGAUUCUAUCGAUUAUGGUGCUGCUGGUGUGCUGAUACGAGAUUGUACCUCCUCCUCUUCCUCACCGGCAACGUGGAGACAAGAGGUCGGUGGGACAAUGUGCGUGACCGCCACGCCACUGAGCGCGACCAAAAUUGUGAAGGAUAACGCGAGACAGGGAACCAGGACUACUGCUACUAAUAAUAAUAAUAUUACAACUGCUACUGCCGUCAACAUCACCAACGCACAAGUUACACAGGUGCAAGGAUCUCACGGCACCAACACCAGCAAUGUUCUUCCCGAAAUGGACAGGCCACAGCACACGUCGAUCAUGAUGGUCCGCAUGAUCGGCGAUGAAUUUUUGACAGAAGAAAGGGACCGAAAAUAUUACGCCGACCAUUAUACCUGUUGUCCACCACCCCUCUUCAUCAUUCUCAUCACCCUAGUCGAGUUGGGCUUCUUCACUUAUUACACCGUGGCAAAGGGCGAGGUUAAUCCCUCGGGUCCAGUACCGAUCGACAGUGUCUUCAUCUACAGGCCGGACAAACGCCUCGAGCUUUGGAGGUUCGCCUUCUAUAUGUUCCUUCAUGCUGGGUGGCUUCACCUGUUGUUUAAUCUGGGAGUGCAGGUGGUCGUGGGACUUCCACUCGAGAUGGUGCACGGAAGUUUGAGGAUUGCCGCUGUUUAUAUGGCUGGAGUCCUGGCCGGUUCCCUGGGUACCUCGGUGUUCGACACUGACGUCUAUCUGGUCGGAGCGAGUGGUGGCGUUUAUGCUCUUCUAGCCGCUCAUCUAGCCAACGUUCUUCUAAACUACAACAAUAUGGAGUUUGGCAUAGUUCGACUUAUCGGCAUCUUCGUCAUCGGUAAGUAAAAUAGUAGUAGUAAUAAUA